AUGGCAGCCCGCGAGCUUUUCCCCGGCAUCUACAUCAUUUCCGUUCCCAUCUGUGAUGGACCCGUCUUCGAGGAGUUCUUCAGUGCCUUUGCGGAGAAAUUCCUUAAGCCCACCACUCCCUCCUCGUACCGUGUCUCGCCAAUCGACACUCAGUUCGGUGAUAGUACAGGCAGUACCAUUAGUUACAACACCAAUCACCAAUACUACCAGUAUGGCUUUCCAGCGUCGCACUAUAAACCUAGCCACUCUCCUCGGGAAGGAGGCACAGGCACCACCAGUCCUUGUGAGCGUAAUGCCGAUGUCUUCACCUGUCUGAGCCGACCUGACCCGCCCGUACCGGCACCGAAGCCGCCAUACCCAAAUCCACCGUUCAAGGGGCGAGAAGCGGCCUACCAAGCCGGCGUCAACUCGGGGCUUGACGGAGACAGGAUGCAACAGUCCACCAUUCUCCAAGACGAGCCACUGCCAGACCACUCUUUCAUACCGUUCUUGCCGGGGCCCGCUCGACCGCACACACCAGACCUGCCACCGUCUGCCCCAGUCCCGAAACAGCACCAGGCAGGAGACAAGGUCGGCGAGUCCUCCCGCAAGGGCAUAGCGAACAACAAGCCAGUAGCGCAGCUGGAGGUGCAUGCCUUUUGUGCAUGCUGCGCAAGCAAGGCUCUGGAUCUCGACUAG